UUUUAUUUUUUCAAUGUGAUUAAAAGUUGUACUGUAAAAAGUAUUAAAGUUUUAACUAUAAAUAGUUAUAAACUUUUAAAGGUGUUUAGAAUUUUUUUAAGAUUUCAUAGCCCAUAUUAAAUGUUUUAAAUUUAUGUGCAAUUUUUUAUUGAGUUAAUUAAUGUGAAAUAUCUUUUGCAUACUUAAUUACUAAUCUUUUUUUUUUUUUUUUUUUCAGUUUAUUUACUGUUUGUUUGAGUUAAGUAAUAUUAUUUGAUUUUAAACUAGUUUAACUAUUUGAUUUUAAACUAGUUUAACUAUUUGAUUUUAAACCAGUUUAACUUAUGUUUACAGUUUCUAAAUAUUAUAUUUACGUAACCAUUACUUGUUUGUAGAAGGAUUUAAAGAUCCAAAAAAAAGUGGAGUUAUGUUUCCGGAUGCAGUGAAAAAGGAUUUAGCUGUAAACUUUACUUUGCAUGGCGAAACACCUACACGCUGUCAAAAUGGACAUUUAAUUCUUUUAUUCAUUAAUAACGGUGAGUCCAUUGUUAAUACUCUUAAACAAGUCAAUCAGUUAUUUAGCUUUAACACUGGUAAACAUAAACUUUAUAAUGUUAUCAACAUUUCCAAAAAAUUGGCUAAAAAUUAUGAUAGGGGUUUUUCAAAAUUUACUGAAUUUUGUAAUCAUCCCUUUGAAUACCAUUCACCAAACAUUUCAUUGAAAAAGGCAAUAGAUCUUAAUCAGACUAGUUCAUUGAUUACUGUUUCAGGGUCUUCUGUUCUGUCAUCCCAUGAACAUAUGGCUGUUUUACCCCUAGUUAAUGACACACCAAUUUCGUCUGAAAUUUCCAUAGAAAAUAAAAAAAAGCAUGCAUCUAGAGAAGAACUAACCCCCAAAAAAGCUAAACUCAUCACUAGGUUAUCCUAUUUGUCUUCUCAGUUAGCUAUCUCAACCAAAGACUACAAGAAAAAAGUAGCAAAAGUUAAAUUGAAAUACAAUAGCAUGCCAUAUAAGUUAAAAAUAUUCAAAAAAAGUAUAAAAAGGAAAGAAGAAAUUAUUAAAGCUUUAAGGACAGAAGUUAGAGAACUAAAAAAACAAAUUAAAACUUAUCAUUACAGUCGGUUAUUUCGCAAUCUUAAAGCAAAAAAAAAGGCGUUGACAGUAAAAGAAAAACAAAACUUAAUGCAAAUAACAGUAAAACAUAAUAAUGAUGGUAAGGCAAAUAAAAUGUUAAUUGCUCAAUUAGAAAAUGAUAUUUUCCAGAUGAAAGAGGGGAAAAUUCCAAAUGUUAAUAUGUCAGAAGACAAUAAGAGUUACCCUUUAAAAAUGAGGAUGAUAAUUUAUAGCAUGUUAUUAGCCAAUGUUCCAACCGGUAAUAUUCAAUUCCUAAUUUCAAAAAUUGGGCAGUAUUUGGGUGUUAACUUUAUGGACAUUCCUCAUCGUUGUACUAUCGAACAAAUGGCUCGUGAGCUUGGCAGUAUAGCAGAACUGCAGGCAGCAGAAUGGGCUAUGAGUAAUUCUUAUCUUACACUUGGAUUCGAUGCAACAACACAAGAAGGUGUUCAUAUCAACACUGUUCAUCUGACAUCUAAAAACAACUGUCAGGUCAUUGCUCUGGACCAGUUACCAGGUGGAACAGCUGUUGAUUAUGAAAGCCAUAUAUGUGGUGCAGUUGAUCAUUUAGCUUUUAUUUAUUCAGAUUUUCACUUGCUUCCCUUUAAUGAAUGUCGUAGUUCAAUCAUAUCAAAUAUAUCCAACACAAUGUCUGACAGGGUGUCGGUUAAUCAUCUUACCAUUUCCAAAAUUUGUAAUACCUGGGGAAAGAAUUUGAAUGAACUAAACUGUCAUUUACACCCUCUAGACACAAUUGCCAUUUCAUGUCGGGAAGUUUUGAAAUCUCUAGAAUUGGAACAUUGCAAAUUGUAUGGAAGUGAUUGUAUGGCAGUAAAAAUUGUGUUAGCACUAAACAAGAUGAGGUUUAAAGAUGGCAAAGGUGAUCCACAAGGUUUUGUAAAUUUUUUAGACAAUAACAAACUACCGCGAGGUAUUAUUCCACGGUAUCGUGGUAACCGCCUGCACAUUCUUUUCCAUACCUGUUUCAUUUUUAUGAAACACUAUACUGAUUUUCUAAAUUAUCUGACCACUGGAACAGUAAAAUGUUUCAGUUUACAACCGAUUCUGCGAGAAGCAUUUUGCAAUGCAACAGCUAUAAAACAAAUGGGAGUGCUUGCGCUGUUCAGUAAACUUCUAAGUGGACCAUGGAUGACUAAGUUUUAUGUAUCAGCUGAUGAUGCAAGUUUUGAUCAUGUCACUGGUAUCCAAGUAGUAAAAAAUGUUUUAAAAGAAAUAACUUAUUGCAAAUCUGAUCCAGCUAUACUAUUUUGUAGAGAAACAGAUUUUUUUGGGACAACGCUUGCCCCAAAUGUUUUACAAUCUAUUACAGCUUUAUGCCCCAUUGAUGAGCAAAUUGUUGAAAUGACUUCUGCUUGUCUAAAUGCAAUUGAUGAAGUUUUGACUCGUCAGUAUAAAAGAUAUUUUUCUCUUUCCAUUACUGCAAAACUCAAAAAAGAGACAGCUAGUGCAAGGCUUCACAAUAUAGAUAGUGAAGAAUUAGUUGGUAUGUUUAGUGAUGCCAAAGGACGAUGCCCCAAUGCAACAAUUUCUUAUAUAUCUAGCAAAUUAAGAUCCAAAAAGAAUAAAACUAUAGAUUAUCUCGAUAAUCUUGAGGAGUUGUCUAGAGAAAAGGUAGUAAAGUGGUCUAUUUACAUGGCACGUAAAAAAAGAAUGAGAUCUCGACUACUACAUAAUGAAAUUCGAACAGAAAUUUCUGUUAGACAGGUGUUUAAACGUCAAAAAAUGGAUGAAAAACAAAAAAGAAAGUUAGAGCGUGAGCUAUGUCUAUUAACUACCAGCGAAAUAAUGAAUUUAUAUAAACACUUAUCUGCCAAGCAACUUGAUGAUUUAGAUGAUGUUAUGUCUGAAAGAAUUGUUGGAAGAAAACUCUGUCACGAAUGGUAUGUUGCCAACUAUUCAAAGACAGUUAUUUAUGAUGGAAGAGUAGAAAAAGUAAACAAGAGACAACAAGACAGAAUUUACACUAUUUCUUACUGGAUUCAAGAUGAAACAGAUAUUGAAGCUGUUGAAUAUAAGAUGAAAAAAAUACAGCUUGCUGCUGAUGUUAUAACAGGAGAAUUAGUAUUUUCUUAAUUUGAAUAUAAAAAUAAUUUAUAUGCUACUUUAUUUAAAUUUUUAUAAUUUAUAUUUGAACAUGAAAAUAGUUUAUAUUAUGUAUAACAGUUUUUAAUUAUAUUUACAUUAUAUUGAAAAAUUACCAAAGAAGUACCGCAAGUUGUGUAGCUUGCAAAUAUGGUACAGCAAGUUGUGUAGCUUGCAAAAGGAGUACCGCAAGUUGUUUAGCUUGCAAAUAUGGUACAGCAAGUUGUGUAGCUUGCAAAAGGAGUAUCGCAGAUUUUGUAGCUUGCAAAUAUGGUACAGCAAGUUGUGUAGCUUGCAAAAGGAGUACCGCAAGUUGUGUAGCUUGCAAAUAUGGUACAGCAAGUUGUGUAGCUUGCAAAAGGAGUACCGCAAGUUGUGUAGCUUGCAAAUAUGGUACAGCAAGUUGUGUAGCUUGCAAAAGGAGUACCGCAAGUUGUGUAGCUUGCAAAUAUGGUACAGCAAGUUGUGUAGCUUGCAAAAGGAGUAUCGCAAGUUUUGUAGCUUGCAAAUAUGGUACAGCAAGUUGUGUAGCUUGCAAAAGGAGUACCGCAAGUUUUGUAGCUUGCAAAUAUGGUACAGCAAGUUGUGUAGCUUGCAAAAGGAGUAGCGCAAGUUGUGUAGCUUGCAAAUAUGGUACAGCAAGUUGUGUAGCUUGCAAAAGGAGUACCGCAAGUUGUUUAGCUUGCAAAUAUGGUACAGCAAGUUGUGUAGCUUGCAAAAGGAGUAUCGCAAGUUUUGUAGCUUGCAAAUAUGGUACAGUAAGUUGUGUAGCUUGCAAAAGGAGUACCGCAAGUUGUGUAACUUGCAAAUAUGGUACAGCAAGUUGUGUAGCUUGCAAAAGGAGUAUCGCAAGUUGUGUAGCUUGCAAAUAUGGUACCGCAAGUUGUGUAGCUUGCAAAAUAUUUUUGAUAGACGGCUCUGGCUUACCUUCACUUGGUGUCUAUUGUUAAAAGUGAUUUAUUUAGUUUCAUUAUUGGAAUUUUAAAUAAUAUCAUUUACUAAAAGCCAAGACAAAUUUAUUAUAUUUAAUGUUUUGUAACUUUUUAAAUGCAAGUUAUAAAAUUUGUUUUAUCUUUGGCUUAUUUUUAGGGUGGAUACUCCAUCUUACAUCUUAUAAUGUGGUUGGAGAACACUGGGGGAGAGGCAGAGGGUGUUCCAGCCACACAUCCCAGUCAUGAAGUCAAUUAAUACAACACUUUUAAAUGCUGUAUAGUAAGAAAUUACAAUUUAAACUUUUAAACACAAAAUAUAAUCAGUGUUUUUUACAAUUUAAAUUUACAAUUUGAACUUUUUAACACAAAAUAUAAUCAGUGUUUUUUAUGUUAAAGUAUUUAUGAGAAUGGAACAAUUCACUACAAGGGUGUUAAAACGUAACAAAGACAUGGACUUUUUAAUCUAAAAUAGACCACUAAUAUUUGGAAAUGGAAUGGAAGCAAAUUAGAACAAUUUUUUGUGUAUAAAGAUAAUAUAUUUUAUCAGAAAAACACUUUUUCGUGUGAAAAA